CAACAGCAGCAGGAGCAACAUCAACAACAACAACAACAACGUCCCGUCCUGCUGUGUGCGGCAUCGUGCACUGACCCUACAGGGCUAACGGCUGCUGCUCGGACAGGUUGGCCAAUGCUGCACUGGAGCAGAGAGUGCGUUGCGUGAGUCGGGACGGAUCUGCAGUCAUUUUUAGACACUUUUACUGCAGGUUCCGACCGAGAACUGGUGACAUUUUCAACGCCUUCGUGGAGGAGGAGUGGUGAAUGGAGAUGCAGGAAAUAGCUCCAGCUCUUUGAUCCAUUCUUCUGCAGUUUGUGCAUCGUGGUGCAGACCGGUGUGUGUGCGUGUGUGCGCAGCUGUGAGCCACCAUUUUUCAUCGCUCAUCCACAGAGUGCGCUCAGUUGGCUGUUCAAUGUCCAGUAACACACGGCUGAAGCUCCCCUGUGGCUGAUCUUCAUGUUUUCAAUCAAUUGCUUCGGAGAUGUGUGGCGGUGAGAUGGAGAAAACCCACGAACACACAGUCGUAGCAGCUUCCACCUCCCAGCAUGUCCAACUGUAGCAAAGCUCCCUCCAACCCUGGAGAAGCUGCAGGUUCCAACUCAACAGCAUGGGUGAAGAUGUUCAAAAAACCUGGCGGAGGUCUGCAGAAGUCCUACCAGCCUGGGAGCAUGCUGUCUCUGGCACUCUCUAAAGGCCUGCUGAAUGAGCCUGGACAGAACAGCUGCUUUUUAAACAGUGCAGUGCAGGUGCUGUGGCAGCUGGACAUUUUCAGGAGAAGUUUCAGGCAGCUCUCCGGUCACUUCUGCCUGGGCGACGCCUGCAUUUUCUGUGCGUUAAAGAGUAUAUUCAGCCAGUUUCAACAGAGUAGGGAGCGUGUACUGCCCUCUGACAGCCUGCGUAACGCCCUGGCUGAAACCUUUAAGGAUGAGCAGCGUUUUCAGCUGGGCCUGAUGGACGAUGCUGCUGAGUGCUUUGAAAACAUUCUGGAGCGAAUACAUUUACACAUAGUGUCGGACACAGUGACCGACGGCUGUUCGUCCAAAUCCUGUAUCACGCACCAGAAGUUUGCAAUGACGCUUUAUGAGCAGUUUGUGUGUCGCUGUUGUGGUGCAUUUUCUGAUCCACACCCAUUUACAGAAUUUGUCCACUAUGUCUCAACCACUGCUUUAUGCCAACAGGUAGAGCGUAUCCUGGCUAAAAACGAGCGACUCAGGUCGGACAUGUUUGGAGAACUGCUGCAGGCAGCAAACAACACAGGUGACCUGCGAAGUUGCCCGAGUGACUGUGGUCAGAGCAUCAAGAUCCGGCGUGUGCUCAUGAACUGUCCAGAGAUUGUUACUAUUGGUUUUGUGUGGGACUCUGAGCAGUCUGACCUGACCGAUGAUGUCAUACGGUCACUCGGCCCACGGUUGAACCUGUGUGGGCUUUUCAACCGCGUCACUGAUGAAAAUGCCAAACGCACUGAGCUUCAUCUGGUUGGGAUGAUCUGCUUUUCCAGUAAACAUUACUCAGCUUUUGCCUAUCACACCAAAUCUUCCAAAUGGAUGUUUUUUGAUGAUGCCACUGUAAAGGAGAUCGGGUCCAAAUGGAAGGACGUCGCUUCGAAGUGCGUCAGAGGACAUUUUCAGCCUCUGCUUUUAUUUUACACCAAUCCUGAGGGAAGUGCGGUGUCCAGUGAAGAUGCACUGAGACAGACCACGAUGUGUCCCCGGUACAAAGGACAAGUCAUUGUUGAUGUCACAGGAAAACAUCCUCUCGGCUGUGCCAACAACGUCCAGGAGCCGCUUUUGGAGAACCUGCAGAGGUCAGGGGAAACGUCCAGAAAAGAGAGAGGGCAUCGGAAAACAGAGCCAAUGAAACACAAAGAGAUGGCUGACGGAGGAUCUUCAUCUUCUUCAGAGAACGGACUGAAGCCCUGCGUGGACCACAAGAUCAAAAACCACCCUCGGACCGAGAAGCUCCUCAACCACUCAGGCAGAGUGUCUCACGAGUUCCACGGACAGUCCUCCAGCACGCAGGGCAGUGGACAGAACCAAAAAUGCCACACCUCCCCGACUCACCCCGAUGAGGACGGCUGUCCGGAGCAGUGGGACAAAUGUUGCUCAAGUCACAAUAAAUCCAAGUCCAGUUGGAGACCCAUCAGGGAGGUGUUAAAUGUGGACAACGUACUCAACGAACUGGAGCAGCGGCGUCAGCAGCAGCUGGACAGCCCCCGACGCAGCAAACCUUCCACUCAGGACAGGACGCACCCUGAACCAAGUCGAGGCCGCGAUCGAGAAUUUCUACGAAGCAGAGACGAUCGCAGGCAGAAGUGUUUGAUGACAAUUUACGAGGACGAGCUGAGGCACGAGACGGAGAGCCACAGCUCAGUGGAGUCGGAGAGUAAGACCAGCCAGCAGAAGUGCAGCAAACUUAGAGGUGGUCCAAAGACGCUGCUGCACAGUGAGACCUGGACCAUUCAGAGGACAGAGUCUGGCUAUGAGAGCAGUGAUAGACUCAGCAGUGGCUCAACAAACCCAGACUCACCUGGGGUUGAAGGCUUUGCCUCUAAAGAGUCCAGGUUAACGCCAGAGACACAGCAGCAGAGCCAGCUGCAUCAAAAAGGAGGGGACGCAAAAUCAAGUUUGAUGUCAUCGUCACCGUCACACAACAGUAAGUUUAACAACAUCAUUUUGACAGAGUUUCUGUGCAAAUCAAAGUACUCCUGUAGCAGCUCCAGGAAAUCGGUUCCUUCAGAUCAUGACUCUGCUGGUUCAGAGGACAGACAGAGUGAUCAACAGGAAGUGACAAACUGUAAAGAAAGUACCGCCCUGAGGCACAUGAGCAAAACCAGCAGCUCGGAAUGGAACAGCUCCGACGACCUGGCUCUGUCGGAGCCCGAGGACAGAGAAAGUACUUACAGCUCCAGCAACAGCCCGGCCAUCGCCUCUGAUUCUCUGUGUCCCGACGUCACGUUGCCACACCAGCCUCCCUGCAGUGUGACGGAGGAGCCUCAGCAGCUCAGCGGUCAGCUCGGCGCCUCAGGGUCGCCCCGUCUAAGACCUGCCCCGCAGAUCUCGCCUCACAGGACGGGUCAGUCAGGCCACGCUCCGUUUCGUCCGAGGAUGUUGCAGGAACCAUUUCCCUCCAGUCCGCGUCUUUCAUCGUCUUCCUAUGUCAGUCCUCACAGGAGGUCUGACGCCUCAGACCUCAGAAUGUUCUCGGACGCCAGCUCCAAGUCGGGCUCCGACCCCGGGAGGAGCACGCCGUCGUCAUGUGAGAGUGAGGAGAGGCCGACAGGAUGCAGGGCGGAACAGACGGCGCCACCUCAAGAGGUUUCUCUGACAACGUACUUCAAUGUGGAUAACUGCAUGACAGAAACGUACCGUCUCAAGUACCACAACCAGAGGCCCCUGGUCCUCUCCGCCUCGGUGCCCCGGAGCAGCACGGAGCGCAGGGAGAGCGGUCACUCACUCACUGCUGACUCACAGUCACAAGAUGUGCCAAAGACUAGAACUAAAACAAGCCAUAACAGCAAUAAACUUACUGCAAAAUGGAACCCAGUGGGAACCAAAGGACUGGAUGAACGGGGGUUUCUAUGACCGUCAGUUGGUAAGUGUUGUUUACAAAGAUGGACCGAGCUCAGCGGACGAUGACUGGAUGCCAAAGAGGUUAGAGAAAGGAAAAUGUUCCGGGGGUUUGACAUUAACACAUUGGUCAGUAUUUUAUGCAAGUUUUUCACGUCAUUUUAAAUCUCUAUAUAAAUUAUUUUUGAUCGUCUUCUUGAUACGUCUUCCUUUGUCUUAAAUAUUAUUGCAAGAACCCUCCGUUUGGUUCUAGUUCUAGAGAGUUCUCUGCCUGCACAUGUUGUGGGGGUUCUUUUUUGGUCACUUUAUGUAAAGUUUGAAAAGCUUUCAGACUUAUUUACUUGAUUUAUUUCUUUAUUGGUGCAAUGUAUUGCAGAUUUAUAAAAGAAAAAGAACUGUAAAGACGGGCACUUUAGAGACAAUAUGAAGCUCAAACGGAGAAUCUGAAGAGGUGCAUUGUGGUCCUGAUGGGUGGUCUCUGUUUAUUUUUAGGCAGGUUAUUUAUUUUUUUGGCAAAUGUCUAAUGUCCAGAGUCACAGCCUGGCUGUGUUUGGACUGAAGGGUCUUGGUUUUCCAGAAUAGGACUGCUUCAUGUUGUGAACAGCUGUCUGAGGGCAGGUUACUAAUUAUAUGCAGAGGUUUUCAGUUGUUUUACCCUCUGACCUGAUUUCCAGUUUAAAAGGUUACCCUUAUCAGCGUUUCGACACCAGUUUGUGUUAAUGAUCGACCGAAGGCCGACCACGUCUCACCUGGAGUGUCUGUAGGAAAAGAUGAAAAUGAUUCUGUAGAAUUUUAACCUUAAAAUGUCAGGUUUUCUAAAGGACAGUUUUGUUUUCUUUUAACGUUCCGCAUUUUCAUAAGAUCAUUCUCUCGCUGGAACACCUGGGGUUACAGUUCCUGUUACUGAUCACAUGCUGAUGUGUUUUUUCUGACUCUUAUUCAUGUUACAUUUUUCUAGUCCCAAUAUUUUCAGUAGAAAAAAUUGUAUGCAUCUGUUGGGAUUUAUAUUAAAUGACAUCCGAGAUUUAAAAGCUGAUCCAAUAUUGAUCAUAGAGUCGUCGUUGGGAAACCUGCAUGUGGCCUUUAGGGAUGUCUUAACAGCGACGUUUGCAGCCUAAGCAUGAGCAUGAAAAUACUGGACUCUGAGUCCAAUAAACAUCAGUACUAUGGGACUUAUCAUAAUUGUUAUAUAUGCAGAUAGUGUAAUUUCAUGAUGACAUUUUAAUGACUCCAUGACGUUAUAUUGUUAAUGUACCCUUUGUAAAUAUAUACAGUACCUAAGGGAUACGACUGUAAGCAGUGGGAAAGGUAACUUUAAAGCAGUGGGAGGAACAGAAUGAGCCUCGCUCUUUUGUCCCUCACUUUUACCUGCAUGCUAAUGGCCCAGAAUGUGUAAAAAAACAUUUUUUAAACCCUAAUGAAAUCUAACAUAAACCGGACAAAUAAAUAAAACAUUUUUUUCCCUCAGAACUGGACAAAACAAACAUUAACCACUGUUUUCCACUCAAAUUAGCAAUGUGGCCCACUUUUGGUCCGUAACCCACCUAUUGUGGAAAAACGGCCAGGAACAGUUCACUUUAUUGCCGUUGGGUAUUAUUGUAUGUAUUUACAUACGUUUUAUGUACGUCCUCAUAGUCAAUGCUAAGAAGACAGUAGAAGAAUAGAACCCGUCCUGAGACAAGAAGUAUCUUAGAUUUUAACUUUUAAAACAACAUUUAAAAUUAGGAAAUUAUAUUUCCUGCUGUUUUAAUCAAAGAAAAAAUCUCUCAAACUCUCACACCACUUCGACUCCGUGUUUUCCUCCACCAGGUGGUGCAAUUGAGUUCAAAUUGGAUUCUCAAUUAUUUCUUAGCUUUUUCAUAUGUUUGCUGUAAAUAUUCACUCCUUGACAUUUUCCAAAGUUUUAUUUUCUGCAAUGGUUUUUG